UCUUCUUGCCAAGUCUCUCAGCUACAAUGAGGACUAUUUCCAAAUUCUAACACUUUCUCUCUCUCUCUCAUCGGAGAAGAGGAAGAAGAAGGAGAAGGAGGAGAUGGGGAGCAAUGGCGGUGAUCCUCGUCGCCCUCCUCCGCAGCUCCAUGGAGUGGUCAUCAUCUCCCUCCCCCCUCCCGACGACCCCACCAAGGGCAAGACCAUCACCGCCUUCACUCUCUCCGACUCCGACCCCUCUCCUCUCCACCACCACAACGAUCACCUCCUCACCCUACCUCCACCUCCCCCUCCUCCGCAGCCUCCGUUGCCCCUCCCUCUCUCUCCCAAAAGAGUCAUCGCUUUCCUCUUCGCUACCUCCAUACUCAUCUUGUCCCUUUGGGUCUGCCUCUUCUCCGAUGUGCCUUACCAGCUCCUUAGCAGCGUGGACGAGGAUGGUCGCCGGAGGAAUGAGAGCUCUUCUUUCUUGUUUGAUCUUUAUCCUAAGUUGGGGAAUCGGAGUGGGAGUGUCAUGCCGGAUGUGAAGCUGGGGUUUUUUAGGAUGAAGAAUGGGAAGAGUUCUAAGUUGGGGGCUUCUUCCUCGAAGAACUCUUCUGCUGUUUUCCCUCUCAAAGGGAACAUCUUUCCUGAUGGACAAUAUUAUACAUCUGUUUUUGUUGGGAAUCCACCGAAACCUUAUUUUCUUGAUGUGGAUACUGGGAGUGAUUUAACAUGGAUUCAAUGUGAUGCCCCAUGCACCAGCUGCGCCAAGGGUCCACAUCCGUUGUACAAACCAACCAAAGGGAAAAUAGUUCCAUCAAGGGAUUUGCUAUGCCGGGAAGUGCAAAGUAAUCAGAAUUUUGGAUAUUGUGAUUCUUGCCAUCAGUGUGAUUAUGAGAUAGAAUAUGCAGAUCGUAGUUCUUCCAUGGGUGUCUUAGCCAGGGAUGAUAUGCAUCUUAUAACAGCAAAUAAUGAUCUGGCAAAAUUCAAUUUUGCUUUUGGGUGUGCAUACGAUCAACAAGGGCAACUUCUAGCCUCUCCUGCAAAAACAGAUGGAAUUCUUGGACUGAGCAGCUCUAGAGUCAGCCUUCCUUCUCAGUUGGCAAGUCAAGGAAUUAUCAAUAAUGUCGUGGGUCAUUGUAUCAGUACAGAAGCAGAUCGUGGUGGAUACAUGUUUUUAGGCGAUGACUUUGUACCUCGCUGGGGUAUGACUUGGGUUCCCAAUCUUAGCAGUCGAAGGAAUUACUACCGUGCAGAGGUUAUGAAGAUUAAGUAUGGUCCUCAGCAACUCAAAUUGGGGGCUGGGAGCCGCAAUGUAGGCCAAGUAGUGUUUGACACCGGCAGCUCCUAUACAUACUUCACAAAUGAAGUGUACACCAGUCUUUUGACUACAGUAAGCUCUUGCUAUCAUCAGAAACGCAUUGCAAAUGGUCUAAUCCAAGAUAACUCAGAUUCGACUCUGCCUGUAUGCUGGAGAGCUGAUUUCCCUAUCAGGUCUGUGAAAGAUGUAAAGCAGUUCUUCGAGCCGUUGACCCUCCAAUUUGGGAAGCUAUGGUGGAUGAAGGCCCUGACAUUAACUAUCCCUCCCGAGUCCUAUCUCAUAAUUAGCGAUAAAGGCUAUGUGUGCCUAGGAAUUCUUGAUGGAAGUGAGAUUAUUGAUGGAUCAACUAUUAUAUUAGGAGACAUCUCAUUGCGUGGAAAAUUGCUUGUAUAUGAUAAUGUCGAGCAAAAGAUCGGAUGGACUAACUCAGACUGUGCAAAACCGCAAAAAUCAAGGGGUUUUCCGUUUUUCUUAUAAGAUGUGUUUGUAAUAUGUAGGAUGUGCAGUGUGUAUAGAUAGCAUGUAUUAUUCUUCUAUACUUUUGUGUACCCGAUUUUGCCGAAUUUUGUGUGGUUAUUGUGCUAAGUAUCAUCUAGAUAUCUUUGUGUUAUUCUGACUAAAAAACUAAUAAUGUACAGCUAAGAAAAGAUGAUGGAUGUUAGCUCUUGUGAAGAA